UUAUAUAUAUUCUCUUUUGGUUUCUUGCUGAAUCAUUCCUGUUCCUGGAUUCUAGCGUGUUGAUCUUGCAUUGAAAGCUACACAAUUGCUUAAAUUCGGAAAUACAACAAGUUUAAAUUCUCAUCGUAUAAUCGUUGCCGCAUAAUCUGUCAAUAUGGCAGCUGUGGCAGAUCGGCCGCUCUCAGCAACGACUUCUCGCAUCUCCAUGACUGGUAGACGGGAUUUUGGUGUAAAAUUUAUGGCUGGCGUAGAGGAAUUUCCGAAGAGUCCCCCAAAUGAAAAUUCGAAUGAACCGGCGCCAUUAGCUCCAGCCGUCGCACCGGCACCCACAGCACUAGAAACCGCGAAACCAUACGAACCCCCACCAUACUGGGAACGGGUCCUUGAGGCCGGUGGCGCACGCGACAACGACGACUAUGAAGAGUACGAAGGAUGCCACCCGUUUUGGAUGGGAUGGUAUGAUAUUCUUAGAGGAAUGGGGUUGAUAUUAGCUGCUGCCUUCAAAAUCCCUUUGGUUUUUGGACAUGGCGUUGCGAAGACCUUUCAUUAUAUCCCGAGCUUGUACCACGAUGAUACCGUCCGAAAGUGGCCUAAGAUUACUGGCUUCCCAUCUGCAUGCGCUGCAAGUUUUCAGGUCCUCUGGUGGGGUAUUCUUGAUGGCUUAACCGAUUGGGUUGUUCUACCUUAUAAGGGAGCCAAGAAAGAGGGCGUAAAGGGAUUCUUCAAGGGCAUGGCGAAGGGUUUCGGCAGUGUAAUAUUCAAGCUGGGCGCUGGCGCUGUCGGCUUCGCUACCCAUCCGUUCUUUGGAAUUUAUAAAGAAGCAGCAAAGUUCAAAGUGGACAUAAAACGUGAACGUCGGCCUCGACAAGACGUGGCGUCGCUAAUAUAAUCCAUAGAGUCCGAUUCGACUCGAGGUCCCCGAUAAACUUCGUUGUUCCCGCUACCACUCAUUCUUACGCCUCCAGGAUUUAAUGAGUAAAUGACUUCAGGUUAUUGCCCUCACUGGGCCUCGAAAUAAAGGUUGAAACGUUGUGGUUGGGGUACACAGUAGAUGGCCAAAAGGGAUAUAGAUAUUAUUGGUGAUUGUGGGAAUAAAUUUACUAGGUUACGAAACAGUGGGAGGGCAUUCCCUUAAAUAAUGCUUGUGGGGGUUCGUCAGGUAGCUUCGGUGUUAUUUACUGGGUAGGUCUGGCUGGUAUCACUAUUUCUAACGCAUGUCUUAGACAGUAACAAGUAUGCUAUCUUUUAUUUCACCU